AGUUGUUGGCAGUGCGCAUGCGCUCCCGGGGAUUAAUGUCAAGGCACAAAAGUGGCGCUUCACCGCUCGGUCUCCUCCGGUGGUUGCCAUAGUGAUGGAUGGGGAGCUGGACCCGAGUGCUGCCAAAGAGGAUGCCUCCUCCCCCGCCCCCGACACCAAAGAGGAGUCUCCCAUGGAGGAGAAUGAUGAUGAUGAUGUGGUUCUGGUGGAGGAAGAGACCCAGGACAGGCCCAGCCCAGAGCCUCCUAUGGACCCUCCAUGUGAGGCCCCCAGCCCCCCUGUGUCUGCCUUGGGCUCUGCUGCUGCAGAGCCCAUAGUCAUCGACGACGAAGAAGAGUCGCAGCACAAAUCCCCUUCAACUAGAAAAACGCCCCCGUGUGGUGCCUCACCUGCUGCCCUCACUGAGCCGGACUCAGAGAUAAGGAUAGCCAGUGUGACCACUCUGGGCUCUGGGGGUAUGAAAGGAGGGAGCAGCCCAUCUCACGCAGAGAGCCAGACGGAGGAACAGGACAUGGCCCUCAGGAUCACCUCUGUGACGUCUCUACAGGAUGGAGCCUCUGACAAAGCCGUGGAGGUGGACCACAGAGAGGAGAAUGGCCUACACAUUAGUAAUGCCUUCAGCGUGGACUUGGAUCCUCCUGGUGGAGAGUUGGGCCCCCAGGAAGAACUGGUGCACAAUGGAGACUCAGGACCUAACUCAACAGACCUGUGGCUGUCCCAGUCUGCCUCAGUCCAGCAAAGUGAGAAACAGUCUGGAGUGGAGCCUACAGCCAAGCCUCAGAGCCAGCCCACCUGCAGCCCCACAGCACCUGCCCGCACGGUCAAGGUGACAUGUGCCAACUGUAAGAAGCCUCUAAAGAAAGGACAAACAGCCUACCAGCGCAAAGGCUCCACUCACCUGUUCUGCUCCACCACCUGCCUCUCAGCCUUCUCUCAUAAGCCAGCACCUAAGAAGAGCUGCACCAUGUGUAAAAAGGACAUCACCAACAUGAAGGGAACCAUUGUGGCCCAGGUGGACUCCAGUGAGUCCUUUCAGGAGUUUUGCAGUACAGGAUGUCUCGGUGCCUACGAGAACAAGCAAAACCCGCCCAAAUCCGGAGUUAAGACCAAGUGCACAGUCUGUGGCAAACUCACUGAGAUCCGUCAUGAGGUCAGCUUUAAGACAGUGACCCACAGAAUCUGUAGUGACACUUGCUUUAACGUGUAUCGCCGUGCCAACGGCCUCAUCAUGAACUGCUGUGAGCAGUGCGGAGACUACCUGCCUAGCCGGACCUCUGCCAACCACUUCCUCCUGGUGGAUGGGCAACAGAAACGCUUCUGCUGCCACAACUGUAUCCGAGACUUCAAACAGGCUCAUAAUAAACUGGCAAGCUGCGUCACAUGUAAAACCCUCAUAAAGACUGGAGAGGUCCUGCACAGUAUUGUAGCCAAUGGAACAAUGGGCUCCUACUGCUCCAUCACCUGCAUGAACAAGGGCAAGACCGCCCCAGCCUCCUUCCAAAACUGUGAUGCCAGAGAGCCUGUGUGUCACUUCUGUAAAAGGAACGCCUUACCGCAGUACCAGGCCACGCUGCCCGAGGGGAACGUCCUCAGCUUCUGUAGCUCCCAGUGUGUCACAAAGUUUCAGAAUACUACUCUCCAAAGUAGCACUAAUGGACAAACGGCGCCAUCUGUAGACAGCGCUGUGCAGCUCAAGUGUAACUACUGUCGGGGAUCCUUCAGCCUGAAGCCGGAAGUGCUGGAGUGGGAGGACAAAGUGUACCAGUUCUGCAGUAAAACAUGCUGUGAUGACUACAAGAAGCUGCACUGCAUUGUGACCUUUUGUGAGUUCUGUCAAGAGGAGAGGACUCUACAUGAAACAGUCAAGUUCUCUGGAGUCAAGAGGCCUUUCUGUAGUGAAGGCUGUAAACUGCUCUAUAAACAGGACUUCAUCAAACGCCUGGGGCUGAAGUGUGUCAGCUGUAACCACUGUAGCCAGAUGUGUAAGAGAGGAGUGACACAGACACUAGGCGGCAUGACGCGGGAUUUCUGUAGUGACACAUGUGCGCAGAAGUUCCAAGAGUGGUACAAAAAGGCUGCCCGCUGUGACUGCUGUAAGGUGCAAGGAGCACUCACAGAGACUGUCAUGUGGCGCUCAGAGGUGAAGCAGUUCUGUGACCAGCAGUGUUUGCUCCGGUUCUACCUCCAGCAGAAUGAGCCCAUCAUGGAGACACAGAAAGGCCCAGAGAACUCCAGCACAGGGUUAGAUGUGCACAGUGCCAAACUUGGGCUGGUGAGCACGGGCAGUGUGGGCUUUGGAGGACUGCUUCGAGAUGUGAAGAACAAGGCAGUGCUGUGCAAACCUCUAACUCUGACCAAGGCCACGUACUGUAAGCCCCACAUGCAAAGCAAGCCCCUGCAGACAGAUGUGGAUGACGGCUUGAAGAGGGAGUACGUGCCCGUGCCCAUCCCGGUGCCUGUGUUUGUCCCGAUGCCCAUGAACAUGUACUCCCAGCUUACACCAGCGCCUCUCUCUCUGCCUCUACCGGUUCCUGUGCCUGUGUUUCUGCCCACCAGCCUCCAGGGGGCAGAGCAGAUCAUCCAGAUUCUCCGUGACCCUCAGACAGCCUCAGAGGAAAGCAAGCCAGAUGUGAAACAGGAACAAGAGGAGUGUGACACUGAGCAGUGUGAGGCUGACCUGGACUUGGAGUCAGACCUCUGCCCUGAUGCGUGUCCAGGUGUGGGCUCAUCUGACCUCCAGGAGAGCACUGAUUCCUCCACUCUAGCUGUGGAGGAGCACCAGGUCGGCCCCUCUCUGCUGCCACAGCCCACCAAACUGGGGAGUAAGAAACGGGUGGUGGAGGGGUGUGCUCCACGCUCCAGGCUGCCUCUGAAGAGCCGCUACGGCCUCAGUGCCUGGAGACGUUGGGCUCAGGCUACUUCCAACCAAUCAGCAGACACCAAAGACUCUAAAGCAGAGUGCUGCAGCAGAUCCAACCUCUUGGAGCUGUCAUCUGAGCAGAUGAACGUGGCACUCUGCUCCUUUGUGAAGGAGGUGUGCCGGCCCAACGGGGAGCGCUACAGCCCAGACAGCAUCCUGUACCUCUGCCUGGGCCUUCAGCAGCACCUUCACUCCAAAGGCCGAGCAGACGACCUGUUUGGAGACCCGUGCUACCAGCCGUUUGUAGAGGAGCUGAGCCAGGUCCUGAGGAGGUGGCAGCCCCAUGUUCUUCCCGAUGGGUCCACGUGGGGUUGUGUGGAUGAGCAGGCACUGUGGAGCAGCCGGCUCCUGGGGGCCCAUUCCCCGGCCUCGCUGCUCCGCUCUCUGCUUUACCUCAACACUAAGUAUUUGGGAGCCUGCAGUGUGGAGCAGCACCUGAAGCUAUCGUUCAGUCGGAUCUACGCAGAGACCCAAGUCCAGUCCAAGUCUGAGUCCCAGUCCAGCCCCAGUCCCUAUGUGCCUUCAGCCUCUCAGGACCCACACGGGCAAAGCCAGUCCAAGAAAAGGAAGCUGGAGGAGGAGGGCUCAGAGCUGCUGGGCCGUGUGACAGAGCACGAGUGGGGCAUCUAUCAGAUCUACAGGGACAAAUGCCCAGUGUCGGUGAGGGACAGUCUGGAUGUCCUGUACCUGCUGCCCGACCCACAGGCCACUCCGGAGGGACUGUGGUUUAGCAUGAGCCCCCUCCAGGUCCCAGCCCUGGACAACCUCCUGACCACUGUUCUGGUGGUCCAGGAGCUCCAUAUGGAGUCAUCUCAGAGGAAGGACAGGGCGCUACAGGAAGACCGGUCACAGCCCACCGAUGGAGAGUAGCCCCUGUCUGUGCUAAAGUCUUCUUCCCACGUCCUCCUUUGGACAACUAGAUCUCUGAAGAACAGAGCAGACUGCUGAACUCAACACUCCUCUGAACACUGACACAUGCACAGACUGAGGACAUGGGCCCUCAGCAUGGCGCUCAUCACAGCUCUUCUCUGUAGGCCUUCACUGCGGCCAUACAGCACGUUUGGACAUUGUCUGAUAUUUGCUGUGGACAGACCAAAUCCUGAUUCAAAGUGAACUUCUUUGGUCCAGUGCUGUGGUAAAUGUUGUUUGAAAUGUUGGACUUGGAUUCUACUGUACAAUUACAAGGGUCAAGGAACCAUGUGAAGAGUGGCUGUGGACGCAGGCUGGUGAAGGCCGCUCUGCUGCUACUUUCACACUGCACCUUGAGCUGAUGGUCUGCUGUCUCAAACCAGACUCACCAGCGUCUGUCCUCUUCAGAAGCUUGCAUCAGUCUCUCCCACACUUUUAAGUUUGGUUAUUUUAAAAUGUCGUGAACAUGGCUAUUUCUGUUAGAUAUAAGGAAUGGAAACGCAAGGUUCAAAAACUAUUUCCCAUUUGUGUGGGGCUGAGGUGUGUCACUUAUGAUCAGCUCAGAUUUCUUCAACACUUUUUCUUAUUCCAAAAGUUUGGGCUAUAACACAGCUUCACAUGAGACUGAGAAUUGCUUUGGUUCGGUCAUGUAGCACCAUGCCUCUGGUUUAUUCUAAUAGUUAGUCAGGCCUAUGAUAAAAGCCACUCCAUAUAAGUCACUUGCCCUAUGCCCACGGUCAAUGGAGUUUCAGAGAGAGUUUAAUCUUAAUUAUGUACACUACAGUUAAUGUGGAAAUGGCCUCACAGCUGGAGGUGUCUGGGGUGAGGGAGGUCCGUGCAGCUCUGCCUUUUUUAUUUUUAUUUUUAUUGUGUUGGAGCCAGCCUGGGUACAGCUUCCACACAACUGUUCACCUUUCAUACUUUAACAUUUAUGAGUUAAGAAUUUGUCUUUUUUUUUUGUUGGUUUGUUUUAAUAAAUCUCUAAAUCUGUA